AAACUACAUCACCAGACGGCUGCACUUGAUAUUGCUAUCAGUAUGGGGUGGCUAACGCAUCAGUUUUAGCAUAAUUGUGCUUUGCUGCAGGAGUGGUAGGUACAGAAUAAAUUUGUUGUGUGUAGUAUGUUGUAAUAACUGUUACUUUUUAUUGUCGUGACUCUACACACCGAUUAAGUAUAGGCUAGCAGAAUGUUCAUUGAACUGUUACAGUAUGAUUGACCCUCCAUUCAAGACGAGAUACAAAGUGGCACAUCCAGUUGGAGCAAUAGUCCUUUUUCAAUUUCAAUAAGAAUUUAAUCCAGAAGAGAGUUUCAGUAGGGUUGCCCACUCUCACGCAUCUGGCUGGCAUGAGACCCAUGCUUUCAGCCUCAAUCUCACGCUCCCUCAAUAAAUUUCCCAAUCCCUCUCGGGUUAUGAGACAGUCUCAAAUCUCACUCAAACCAGAUGACCAAAGUUGGCAACCUUGGUUUCAGUCAAACAGCUUUGUGUGUGUGUGUGUGUGUGUGUGUGUGUGUGUGUGUGUGUCUGGUUGACAAAUUAGCCUUUCCAACAAGGCAGGUCCUAUUUAGUAUGUGGUGCACAACUUGUUUAUCUCUAAUCAUCAAUUGCGAUUCAGAGCUUCAGUCAUCAUAAUGAACUUAUUAAUUUAGCUGCUGUUUAUGAAUGAUAAAUGAAACAUGAAGCCUACUUCCACUUAUGGUAAAUUUGUGUCAUUAUUAAUUUGUGUUUUAUCUAGUACCUGCCCUGCUGAAAUUUCCAGCAUAAAUCAGCCUAAACUGGUCAAGCUGGGUUAAGGUGUGUUUUUGACACUUUUUUUAAAGCUGGUUUUAGCUGGUCAACCAGCUGUUCACCAGCUGAUCGGCCUAUGGUCAGGUACUCCAACAGUUCGGCCGCCAGUUUAUUCUACCAGCUUAACUAGCUUUGACCAGCCACGACCCAGCUCUGGCCAGCCAAAAGUGUCGAAUAUACUGUUUAAAUCACCUUCGAGUCCCAGAUGGUUUCAGAUGGCAUUUUCAGCAAUGUUAUUGGGUGUUUUUUCAUGAAUCACUGUUAUGCUAAAAAGGGACGUUCUCUGGUUACAUACGGGGUUUUAAUAAUAUGCCACCAAAUAAAAAGGUUACCGUUAUUACCCAGUCAUAGGUAUGAAUCUUUCAAACAUAGUCUGAAGACUCCGACGUAUAAUUUAAAACGGCUAUUUUUUUCUGAGUGUUUAUGGUAGUCUGGAACGUUUGGUGGCGGCGUACGAUUCGCUCUGCUCGACCGUGACUAGAAGCUUUCGGUCGUCGAACAGAAGGAAGGCAACGCACUCCAAGUGCUGCGCGUCAGGGAGGUGGAGAAAGACACCGUUCUGUUUUGAGCAUCUUUUUGCCAUUAUAUUAAAGCUAUAGACAUGGCAAAGGAGGGAGCGUCUAUCACUGAGGAAACUGAACAAAUGAUUGAGAAGAAUGGUAUCAAAGAACAAGAAAGUGUGCUGUCUGCGGUGGACACCAAAGAAAUGAGAGCGGUGGUGUUGACUGGAUUCGGUGGUCUCAACAAACUCCGAGUAACCAAGAAAGCAAUGCCUGAGCCGCAGGAAGGAGAAGUCAAAAUCCGCGUGAAAGCAUGUGGCUUGAACUUUCUAGACCUGAUGGUACGGCAAGGGAAUAUUGAUAAUCCGCCAAAGACUCCACUUGUCCCUGGGUUUGAAUGCGCUGGAAUAGUGGAAGCAAUGGGAGAAAACACAAAAGGAUUUGAGAUAGGGGAUCGGGUAAUGGCCUUUGUGAAUUACAAUGCCUGGGCGGAGGUUGCCUGCACGCCUCUGGAUUUCGUCUACAAGAUCCCUGAUGACAUGACGUUUCCAGAAGCAGCCGCCUUCUCCAUGAACUUUGUGGCUGCCUACAUGAUGCUGUUCGAGGUCGCCAAUCUCAGAGAAGGCAUGUCUGUAUUGGUCCACUCGGCAGGAGGGGGUGUGGGACAGGCAGUUGCUCAACUCUGCUCCACUGUGCCCAACAUCACCGUCUUCGGCACAGCAUCGUCCUUCAAGCACGAGACCAUCAAAGCCUCUGUGACUCACCUCUUUGACAGAAAUGUCGAUUACGUUCAAGAAGUGAAAAAGAUAUCCCCAGAAGGAGUGGACAUUGUGCUGGACUGCUUGUGCGGAGAAAACACAGGGAAGGGGCUAAGCUUGCUGAAGCCCCUGGGAACCUACAUCCUGUACGGUUCAUCAAAUAUGGUGACCGGGGAAACCAAAAGCUUUUUCAGCUUUGCUAAAUCUUGGUGGCAAGUGGAGAAGGUGAACCCUAUCAAACUCUUUGAGGAGAACAAAGUCAUUGCAGGAUUCUCGCUGCUGAACCUGCUUUUCAAACAAGGCAGAGCCAAUGUGGUUAAGACAGUGAUGCAGAAGCUCAUCUCUCUCUAUGAUCAGAAGAAAAUCAGACCCCUGGUGGACUCACUAUGGGCUCUAGAAGAGGUGAAAGAAGCUAUGCAGAGAAUUCAUGACCGUGGAAACAUUGGAAAACUCAUCCUGGAUGUAGAGAAGUCCCCGACUCCCUUGAUGGCCAAUGACAGCACGGAGACGAGCGAGGCAGGCGAGGAAGAGGAGGAACAAGAAGGUGACAGCGACAACAAGGAGCGCACGCCCUUCAUCCCAUAGCGACUGCCGUCUGCAUCGUCCCGGCCGUGGGGUGGAAGGGGCCUCGGGGGAGGGGUGGGCAGUUCCGGGGGACUGUCCCAAGACCUGCCCUGUGCACCGCGAAGAAACACUUUAGUAGCAUGUGUGUGUGAGCGUGUGUGUGAGCGUGUGAGUAUUUGUCGUCAUUCUGUGGCUUGUGUUGCAGAGUGGCACUGCGAUGCCAUUUCCAAUUCCCCGGUGUUUGCAAUAUUAAGAAUAUGUUACAGUUUGUGUUGCCAAAUUGUUGUCACCAGAUGCUUUGUCUUGUUUACAACCUUUCCUGGGUGUCUCAGUGUUCUGUUCUUCUCACUUAAUAGUGUGAGUGAGUGAGCUGGCAAGUGAGUGAGCGAGCAAAUUUGUGAAAGAACGUAAUGAAGUGAGAGAGAAAAGAGAAGGGGCACAUGAGCGUUUGAGUGGGUCUGUGAGUGGCUGUCAGAGGGAGCUGCUGUGCAUUGUUGUCAUCCUUGCGAGAUGAAAGGAGACACAUUCGUCUGUUUCAGUCCUGCUGUGCAGGUCUCUCAGUUUGCUCUCGGGCUGAAGCGAGCGAUUCAUUGCAGGGAUAUAGCAAGUGGUCCGGGGCCCUGGGUAAUUCUACCAGCCCUGUGGCUGCGACUGCAUCAAAUGAUCAUCUGAAUUCACUGCUCUCCCUUCACGUUACACUAGUGCUGCGGGAGCGGGCUAGUAGUGUGCCUGUUUCCGUCUCUCAGAGUAAUUUCAUUUUCAGUGGGCACUGAAGGGCCGCACCAUGCCUUUGUGCCAGACGUCUGCGGCACAGUUCUGCAGUAAUUACAGCAUUUUUCAUACACACAGAGUGAGGCCACUCGCCAACCUUGCCGCAGACUGAAUCCGUACAGGAUUACCGCCGUUGCCAAGGGAGACGAUAGAAGGAAGAGGUCUGUGUAGUUUGCUUCAGUGACUCCCAGUGCUAACACACCAAGCAACCUAUGGCCUAUCCUCUGUAUAGGAUAACCUGAGAAAAGGAAGGAAAAGCAGAACGGAGGUUCAUGUGGCUAUUGGUGGGAGGUCUGUGUGGGCUGCAUUCUUUGUUUCUCUUUCUUCUGCACAUCUGUUACUGUAGUCAUGCCCGCUAGUGCCUGUGUAUUGUAUCAGAUGCAAGCAAGUGACUGUGGGCAGGAGGCAGUCAGGGUCAGAUUCAGAUAUUGAUCAACUGACUGGGCAAGAGGCUCAGUUAAGCAUAUUUGAUUGUGUCUGCAGUCUCAACAUCGGCUGUGCUGUAUAAUGACGCCUUGUCCAAAUACGCUGACAUCGACUCUGAGGAAACCAGAUCUUACCAUUGCAGUAAAGGUGUAUCAAUCUAUGUGUGAUUGAAAUCCGACAAUUUGGGUUAUUCAUUAAUAAAUAUGAUGCCAAUUUACAAGUUAUUUAAAUGACAGAAAACAGAUGAUAAAAUAAGAGAAGCCAGGUAGUGAUUUAUAGGCUUAAUGCGUAAUGGCCCAGUGUCCUUUUUGCAUGAGUACUCAAACAGAGCUAAGCCCUAUUCAUAUGGGAUAUGUUUUACUGGAGGUCCUGUAAUCUAAUUUGACUAAUUAUUUGGGUAAUUGCAGUGUAGCAUUCAUAUGGGAUAUAAGAAUCUCUGUUUUUCGCUGCUUUUCCCAUUCACAUCCAGGAUGUGGUCAGUUUUUCACUCCACUGACCACAUCCCGAAUGUGAAUGGCAUGUACUAUCAUAUAAUGUAGAUGGCAGCUAUGUGAUUUUCCCUGAUUUAUCAGGAAUUCCUACUUUGUGGACAUAACGUUCCCAUUCAUUUCUAAUGGAGAUUCCUAUACACUAUAUAGCAAGUCGUAUUACCUAGUGCAGCUACAUGUGCAAUACAUGUAUUUGCAAGAUUUUCCUCUUCUGUGAGCUUAGAUUUUUUUACUCCCUUAAACCCCAUGUUGGGAUGGUUGAGUGUAUGGAAUUAAAAAAGAGUCAUAUCUGUCCAGCAGUCUUCACAACCGCCUCCAUGUUCCCAACAAGGGAAAUAGCACCAAAAUUUUAAUGAACAAAUUGCAUUUACAGAUGUCUAUUCAUACAGGAGUAGUAUUAUCUAUGGACCUUGGAAAAGGUCCUUAGAUAAGGUAGAUAAUUCGGGCUGAAAUUUUUACUCUCCCGGCCUGUAAGAAUUAUGGAUGUGGACAUUACAGGACGUCCUGGGGUAAAACUAGUCCUGUGUUAAUAGGGCUCAGAUAUCACCCAACAGCUGUUAUUGCAAGUUAACUGUUCUGGAUAUGCCAAACUAUUACAGUGUUUGUAUGCACUCCCUAUCCAAGGAAAAUGACCCCCCGGUGUUUUAUGCAGGUAGAAAUAAAGGUGUCUGCAAAAAUGUUCACAGCAGCUCAUUCACUUCAUGGCAGUUUGCUGCCUCGUCAGUGGACAAUAACAUACUGGGUUUUAAACGUUUCUGUGUCACAUCAAAGCACUUUGAAUCCACAUAAAGGCUUUGCUUUCCAGGAUACAGUGUGUGACUCUGGACCUGUCCUUGAGAAAUAUAUUUUUUUAUUUAGGCCAAAUCAAAUAAUACAGUCUUUCACACUGUGCAUAUAUGUUUCAGCUUUACUGAAAUCUCAUAUCUAUAUAAGCAUCUCUACAUCUAUGAAUCACUGUGUUAAAUGUCACUGUAUUCCACCGCAGUCAUUAUUUUUGUCACAUUUAAAAAUAAUCAAUACAUAAAAGCAGCUCCACGGUCUUUCUGCAAGUGAUAAGCAGAUUUUUUCCCCCCAGUAAUAUUGUGUAUGCAAUUGUGAUUUAAAGGAGCUAAAUGUUUAGCUUUCAAUUUAUUCUUUGGCGUGAGUCACUCCACAGUGAUUUGCUGGUCUUUCUACUAUAUUGAAUGAUGGUUGUGUACAGUAUAUGAUAUACAUGUAAUAAUUGAUGUGCCCAUGCAGAUUAUGUAAAGAUGAAUGGAUCAGCAAAUUGCUAAGCAAGAACUGAUGGCCACAGAAAGAUAGUAUGCCCAGGUAACAAGACUGCAACUUAUGAGUAUUUAUAGCAGCAAUGGCAGUCAUUUUGUCAUAUUUCACAUAGCUAUGCUGAUAAUCAUUUGUUGAACGUUACUUAAAGCAAUUACUUACCAAACUCUUCAAUCAUCAAUCGUUUAUGUAAUCUCAACCAGGUUCAGUGCCAUUUUAACAUAUGAAUAGAUCAAAUGAGCAUGUUUUUCAUCAGCCAUUUAUCAUGCAUUAUUUCUGCCACUGAAUUGCUCAAAAAAAUGUCUUUCUUCAACAUGUGAAAUACAAAAAAUUGCAAUCAUUUGCAUUUUCUGUGAAGGCUUUCUGGAUUCUACCUGUAAUGUAUAGCUCUACGUGGUGAGUUAAAAAAACACAGAUGUUUAUGGUCCAUUACACCCUAUGGGAAACACUGUAUGGGAAACUAUGUUGCAUUUUAUGUAUUUGAACAUCGCGCUUCAGCACUGUAUCAUCUUUCAAAAUCAAUCAGCGUGACCUCAGAGAAAUUUCAGAAGAUCUGCGUUUGAAUCUCUUUGCCUGUCCUCAGUAUGUCUCUGUCUGCAGUCUAGACUGACCUACAGUGUAUUUUGUGAGUUCAAUAUGAUAGUGACUUUUCAAUUUGCCUUAAAGAAAUAUGAGUAAAACCCGUGCAUAGAUGUGUUUGUCAGCUCAGCCCGGGUUACAGGCAGAUAUGUUGUUUAACUGUAUUUGUUGGUCUUAGUGCUAUUGUUAUUUUGUGCAAACAAUCCCAGUCAUGUUUCCAUGAAUAAAGUCAGCAGCAGAGCAUUCUUGGAA